AUGAAUGACCCUUCAAUUCCCGCUUGUAUGCCCCCGUUACCAGUGUCCAGCAACUCAUUGGCGUCUAACCUACCGUUUGUUUCUGAUGCAAUUGACGCAUUCUCCGCGUUUCUUAGACCCUUGAAGGCGUUCAACUCCGUUUCUAAUGAGAUCGCAAAUGUACAACCAUCUGUCUCUCCUCUGUACGCGACUAACAUGUCCACUCUGACUGGCAUCGAGGCAUUGGACGAGAGUGGUGAAGCUAAUUCACGGGAACAGAUUCUUCGUCUGUUGACUGGCAAAUUGAACACUUCUACCUCACAACUAGUCGAACUUCCAGCCAACUUCCGCAUUCGUCCACUUGUGACCCCGGGUGCAGGAGGUUUUCAACAGGAGCUCAAUGUGAGACCAAGAUCGUCUGUGUUCUGA